UUCCAGUGCACUUUUCCAACACAUCACUGCGUUAUUUGAAUGCAGUAUGGCAGCUAUUAUCACCUUACUUGUGAGUGAUCCAGUUGGAGUUCUUUACAUCCGUUCCUGUCGAGUAUUGAUGCUUUCUGAUUGGUACACGAUGCUUUACAACCCAAGUCCAGAUUAUGUAACCACAGUGCACUGUACUCAUGAAGCUGUCUAUCCACUGUACACCAUUGUAUUUAUCUAUUAUGCAUUCUGCCUCGUGUUAAUGAUGCUGCUCCGACCUCUUCUGGUGAAGAAGAUUGCAUGUGGGUUAGGGAAGUCGGAUCGAUUUAAAAGUAUUUAUGCUGCACUUUAUUUCUUCCCAAUUUUAACCGUGCUUCAGGCAGUUGGU